AUGACCUUCGUACUGUCUUUUUUUGUUGUUCUAUCCCUCUUCCCCGUUCUAUCGGCCAUUCAAUGUUACAACGGGGCCCAAGGGGUCUACGUGAACAACCCAAAAACCUUGCCGACUGUCGACUGCGGCGGAGGUGUUAGUACCUGCUCGAAGACGGUCGAUCUUGUCGGUCAGAUCGCCACAAGGUCUUGCGGACCCGGAACUACCUGCACUUAUGUAAGUGGGGAAUAAGUUUGGUGGAUUUUGGCAUGACAGAUUUUGCUACACCGAGCCAUUUAUCAACCUCACACUGUCCUUUUUCUUGCCGAAACAGGUCGGAAAUCGAAGUCCCUCUGUUUGACAUUCAAAAAAAUAUGUUAACAAACCGAUAUGGGCAUGAAUAUAAGAGACCUAGGGCAGAAAAAUACGGAGAAUUUAACGGUGGAAGAAUUAUUUGGAUACACCUCAAGGUUUUCGUGGCGGGACCCAUGGAAAAAAGUUUCCAUUGUUUUGGGCCACACUGUAGACUUUAUGUCGCGGGUACCGGCUAUAGUAUCAGUUAUCGGGAAAGUCUCAGUCUGUCGGGAAAAUAAUGAGCACAACAUCGCUGCGCCGUUCGCGUCCUUAAAGUGACAGCGAUUUGAUUCUGUCGCAAGACAGUUCAUUUCCUCGGCGGUAGAGCAAUUUUCAAUGCUUCAGGUGCUCAUUAUUUUCCCGACAAACUGACAUUUCCAUGGUAGUACUAUCCCAGCAUUUAAUCUAUGCUAAAUUCCCUCUCAUUUCCAGGCCGGCGCUCAGUCCAACAAGGGCUACUGCUACAACGUUUCCACCUCCCAAACCCAAUGCUGCUGCUACGGCAAUCUCUGCAAUGACUCGGUUCGUGCCGGUGUCAACAUUGGCUACCUGAUCAUUCCGUUGCUAAUCCUGUUCGGCUUCCAGAGCCGUAAAUUCAUAUUUUAA